CUGCCUGUCUCUUUUGUUUCCCAUUGCUUACUCCACAUCACCACCCAUUCUUUUCUAUUCCACUCAUUUCGACUAUCGGAGAUAGAACAUUCAUUCAUUUAACCUAUCCUACUUUUUCCAAUCGUUACCAUAUGAGAUAACUCAUUCAGUCUUUACCUUUGUUCUACUUUCAAAAAUUAUACCUACGUAUUAUCACCAUGAAGUUCGCCGCUGUUUUUAUCAUGGCCGUUUCCCUCACGCUGGCCGUACCCUUGGAUCAGGUGAAUUCUUCUGACGUGGUUGCCGUUCAACCAAUCAACCCUGAUACUAAAGGUUUGGACAAAAGACGUCCCGAACCUAGGAGCAGCAAGAGUAAGGGUAGCAGCAGAGGCAGCCGUAGCGGCAGCGGUAGCGGCAGCGGUAGCGGCAGCGGCAGCGGCAGUAAGUCCACGUCGGGCAAAUUGUGCACGGACGAUGGCAAGUUGGGGAAUGAUGAGAGUGUGGUGUCAUGA